GCAUGCGCUCUUCAGAAUUUGUCUGCUGUGGGCAUUUACAGGUGAAGCCUACAAUUGUAUGCUAUCAUAGUGAAGUGAUAAAGAAAAUCAUUAUGGAUUAAGAAGCGCCAUGAGCAACAUAGAGGGGCCGACAACCAGUCAGCCACCCCCAGACAAUAGUCAAGACGAUGAUGCAUCAAAAGUGGAAUUACCAGACCAGUUGCAGAAGAUUUUGCCUGCUACAGAAUUUCCACACAGUCUCACUCGCUGGAAUACCAAUGAGGAAAUAGCUGCUAUUCUCAUCGCAUUUGAUCGCCACAAAGAAUGGCUGCUUUUAGAGCCCAGGAUAAGACCACCAAGUGGAUCUCUCUUGAUGUACAACCGCAAGAAAGUGAUGUUCCGGCGAGAUGGCUAUUGUUGGAAAAAGAGACGGGAUGGAAAGACCAAUCGAGAAGACCAUAUGAAAUUGAAGGUGAAAGGUGUGGAGUGCAUCUAUGGAUCAUAUGUCCAUUCUGCCAUUCUCCCAACCUUUCAUCGUAGAUGCUAUUGGCUUCUCCAAAAUCCCCAUGUGGUGCUUGUUCAUUACCUGAAUGUGCCAAACCAUCCAAACAGCCCCAAACCAAGCCUAUUGCCUGUUUUGUCUGGGGAUAUGCGCAAGAAGGAAUGGACCAAAGAAGAACUUGUCGACCAACUCAGACCAAUGUUGGCAUCUGGUCGACUAGGAGAACUUCAUCCUGAUCAAGACCACAAGGUGGAGGAAAUGCUGGAGGCCAUUUUUCAGCUGCUGGUUGGUGCUCAGGAAGAUGAUACAGCAAAACCUGUUGCCAUGGACACCACUCAUCAUCAGCCACUUCCCUGUGGUGGCAACACCAUGGCUACUGCAGCAUCAACAUUGGUUUCACACUGUAGCGUUGGUGGCAUCAGCAGAACCCUAUCAACACCUUUAGCUCAGCCACAGGUGCAGUGUACCCCCCACAAUUGCUCUAAGCAAGAAUUGGAGUUGAUCUGUCUGCCCCAGCCAGGUGGGCAACAUUUCCAAGGCUGUGUGUCCACAACGCCUCAUCUUCAGGUCACACCCAGCACUCUUGUUCACCACCACCACAGCUUGCAACAGCAGCAGCCACUGCAACAACCUGCAGCAGCAUCAACAACCACAUCUUCCACUCAGUCACAGCACGACCUUCAUUUUCCUGUAGUAACACAUGACUACCAGCAGUUACAGAGUGCAGACAUGACCACUACAGCAUCGAGCAGCAGUCUGACCCUUGCCACCUUUUCACCAGCUUACUUGAUGACUGCAUCGCCAUCUUUACAUCCUCCUGGAUCCGUGUCUACAGAAUCUCUGAGCACAACGAUCACAAACAGCCCUCAGGUACAAGGACAGACUGUAAUCCCUGCCACCGUUAGUCUUUUGGCCAGCAUCACAAGCCCAGAACAGGCCCAUGUGGUAAUAGCAGAGCCUGCCACUGCUAGCUCUCUUACCACAACUUCUGACUCUUUGCCCCACAAAUUGUUUUCUGUGACAGCCCCUUCAGGGCUGUUCAAGUCUGAAGUUUCAAGUGAUUUGCCCCAAGAGCAGCGACCACAUCAGCACCAGCAGGUUUUGACCAGAGCAUCCUCACUAAACAAUGUAGGUGGCAGUGUCCCGACACAGAAUCAGAGUGGCACCGGCAUGGUGCAGCUGUGUGCUGGCAGCCUAAUUGUCAAAGACAAUAGGGAUUCUGUACUUGGUGGCCUACCCAAUGUAAUCACUUUUGGUUCAGGAAAUCCAGGUGCCUCAGCACCUCAGACUGUUCCUUUGCCCUCCCAACCUGACCCCACCCCUGCUAAAGACAUUCCUUUGUUUGCGGCAAAUCCCUUGGCUCCAAGCAGUGAUACCAGCGGUUGUGAUGCUGGGCAAGUUGAUGAAGACUGUAGGGGUGCAAGUGGCAGUGGCAUUGACAUGGGACUUGCUGAUAGUAGCGACAACUGUGAUACCUUGGAUGGCAGCUUCUCUUCCCUCCCUUCCACUGAUCUCAACCUGGACCUUUUUCUUGAUCUUCAAGAUCUAGAUGAGUGUGCAGUUGACUUAGCUGCAACAACAUCUCUGUCUCCCCAACGCAGUGCUAAUGCUUCUCUCUCAUGCACCCAGUUGGACACAUCUCAUUUGUCUCUCACUUCCUCUGCUACCCUUGUGUGCAGCAGCAGUGGCAACACCAAAACUAAUGCAGACUCGGGGGGUAAUCCCUUGGUCACAAGCUGUGUACAGAUUCCUUCUGUGAGUGAAAAUGGUCACGUUCUCCCAGGCAGCUAUCUGCAGUCAGUGACACCUGCUCAACUGUCUCCAAAUCAUUUACAGGUUGAAACUCAGUCUAGUAGUGCCAGCUUGCUUCUUCCUUCCAGGUGGGAGGUUGCCACAACAGCUGAAGAGAGACAUACCCUUCUUGUACACAGUGGCAGUGCCCAGCAUCUUAUGACAAAAGAUAUUAAUAUUAAAAAUGCUGGUGAUGUGGCAGGCCUCUGUGGUGCUCAGCAGAAAAAUACUCGGAGCCUAUUUACUGUGGGCAACUUUCCAUCACAUCAUAUUCUUGGUGAAGAUUCUGCUGGUGACAACUUGUUGGAACAGACAGCUGUUAUUAGCGAUUUUUCACCAGACUGGUCCUUUACAGAGGGAAACACAAAGAUACUAGUGGCAGGUCCCUGGUGCGUCUCAUCAGCUACAUACACUUGCAUCUUUGGAAGCAAACAUGUGGCUGCCACUCUCAUUCAGCCAGGUGUUCUGCGCUGCUUCGCUCCAGCUCAUGAAGCUGGGCAAGUUACGUUGCAAGUGGCACAGAAUGGUUUCGUCAUCUCAAGUAGCGAGACUUUUGAGUUUCGCUCACCUGCUUCUCAGCAGCAACAAAUACAGCAACAACAACAAAAACAACAGCAGCAGAUAGGGCAGCAUCAACAGCACCACCAACAGAUUGAAGUACAUAUACAUGCAGACUGGUUUGACAUGAGCUGUCAACAUCUAAUGCAGCUUCUACUUGAUCGUCUCGGGGAGCUUAAGCGUCGCUUCAUUUCAGGAGAAAAACCCCCAUCUCUUUGCUCAGAUCAAGUGUUGAGUUGCGACAUACAGGAGUCUGACCUGGUGGCACAUGUUGAAGGAUUAAGCAAGCAGUUAUGGUGUCUGGACCAAAUGUAUCCCAAGGUUGGCCAUGGUGGGCUAACACUACUCCAUCUAGUGUCCGCUCUUGGCCUGGCUAAAUUAAUCAGUGUACUGAUCAGAUGGAGGAGUAACAACCCAAGUCCUGCUUUGGAGUAUGAAGUUGAUGCUCACAGUGUUGACAAUCAUGCCUGUACACCAUUGAUGUGGGCAUGUGCAAAAGGGCAAACAGAUGCAGCUUUGACAUUGUAUCAUUGGAAUUCAGGGCCGCUACGUGUAUGCAACAAGGAUGGUCACCUCCCACUUGCUGUGGCUCACCAGAGAGGUCACCACAACCUUGCCACCCAGUUGGAGCAACUGGAACAAGCACACUUCAAGGCCCCUGCUCCAGCACCAGCCAAGGUCAGAUGUCAGAGCAUAGAGGCACCAUCUUCCCCAUGUCACCAAGACCUUGAAAUGGUUCAUCAGCCAAUGUCACCAGAAAUAGUGAAAGUAGAACCUCCAGAAAUGGCAGGAAUUCAUAACCUGGAACUAGCAUCAACCAUGCAGAUGUCUCAGGCAACCACUCCACACCAUCCACCACAAGCGAUGCAGAAUCAUGGGAAGCUAGUUCGACGCCUGAGUGAACAAGUAAUCAGCCCAAGCACAUCGUCAGUUUCACCACAUGGUCUGAGUAAACGCUACUCUGUUGACAUUUUGACACAUGAGACUGAUUCUGCUAAUAUAAUGGACCAUCCAGCAUACCACACUCGAGACACAUCUUCCGAGCCACGCUUUCCCAUAAAGUCCAAGUCUGAGGAGCUGGUACCUGACUUGCAGAAAGCACCAUCAUUCAACUUUUUCUUGGAGAGUGACAACAUGCUAGGGGUGAAGAGAAAAGCUGGCAGGGCAGACCACACCUUCCUCUUGCCACAUGACCCAGGCCAAUUUCCAAUGGAUACUGAUGAUACCUCUGUUAGAAGUGAUAGCCCUUUCAUUGAUGUUGAACAUGUUUCUGAUGAUGAGCAAGACAAGCAAGAUGACUCCAAGCACCAGAUGGUGACUCUGGCCAAUCAGAUCAUUGCAGCAAUACCUGAACGUAUCAAACUUUCCCCUUCUAAAACAGAGGAGGAAGAAGAUGGAAGCAUCAAUAGAACUCGCUCUGAAUCUCACAGUUCCUCAGUUCCCUCACAGGGUUCUCCUCGUCCUUCUUCCUCAUCCUUUGGGGAUGACUCUGGUAUUUCAACCCCCAUGACUGAUAGCCUGGCUUUUGAUGAAUAUAGAUACACAGACUUUGGAACACCAGCAUCAUCUUUGAGUCCUGACUCAACAUGUCUGCCAAGUCCAUACAGUCCAUACAGCUUUGCUUUGGACUCACCCCCACCUACAACUGCAGAGUUUACUGAGUACUUCAAUGCCCCAGCUACCUACAUGGAGAAAGACUUCUCUCAGCUCACUUUAUCAGAUCAAGAACAGCGGAAGCUUUAUGAGGCAGCAAAGGUAAUUCAGAAUGCUUAUCGCCAUUACCGUGACAAGCAACAACAACAGCAGCAUCAGAAGGAAAUUGAGGCAGCUGUUCUGAUCCAAAGCUAUUACAGGCGAUAUAAGCAGUAUGCCUACUACAAGAAGAUGACACAAGCAGCAGUUUUAAUACAAAAUCAGUUUCGCAGCUACUCUGCUCAGAAACGCAAGAAGAAUCCGGGUGGCAGUAUGCAGGGUGUACGGAGAGAGUCAGAGCGUCUUAAGAAAGGACGCAAUCAGUCAGUCAUCAUUCAGCAGCGUUACAGGAGUCACUAUCAGCGCAAGUCUCUGGAUGGCAAGGAGGGAGCAACAGCCAUUGGAGCAACACCAGAUGCACCUGACAGAGAGCUAUGGAAUCUAUUGCAUAUCAUUAGGCUCCCCACAACCGGACGAAAGCCAACAAUCAUGCGAAGCAAGCCCACCAGCCGAUGCUGAAUUGUCAGCGGGAGGCAGCAACAUAGACAGCACAAACACUUCUUAUUCAUGAAACAUGCAUGGCAUACCAAUACUGCUGCUGGGUUGUUGUUGUUUUUUUUUCAGCAGUAUAUACAUCCAUUCUGGUGGCAUGCAUGACAAGUUCUAAGGAGAGUUUAAAAAUUACGACUUUAUGAUUUCACUUUUCUAAGUACUGUAUAUCACUGUGGUUUCCUUUCUAUACAUUUAGGCCUAAAAGAAAUGAUGAUGCAUAUCCUUUUUUCAAAAACAAAGGUUAUUGACAAGAUUUUACAAGAGUUCAUUACUGACUGAAAUAUAAAACCGUUUUACAGACUUUUUUUUUUUAAUUUAGAAAAGACUAGCAAAAAAAGAUGUUCUAUUUCUUUCUAUCUCUUUCUUGUGCAGAAUUAGUAGAAUGCAAUUUUUCAGGUGUUGUUUCAACCUGUUGCAGAUAUUUCUGAGGCAUAAUCCUGAGAUGAUGAUGAUGAUGAUGAUGAUGAUGAUGAGACAAUACAUUUAGAACAGAAGUAUUUUUAGUUAAAGCAGAUCUCUGCUGCAGUAUAUCUACAGAGCUUAGAUAUUUAUUUCUAUUUUCCUAUUUUCUUUGUAAGGACAAGACUUUGUUGUCGUGGAUGCAUGCACAUUGUUUGAACAGCACUUGACUUUUAAAAAAAAAGUUUCUAUUUUUUGUUUGUUGUUGUUUUUUUUUUUUUUGUUUGUUUUUUUUUUGUAUUUUUGAACAAAAAAGUUUUGAUUGCUUAACAUGAUAAAAACAUGAAAUAGCAGUUUAAAUAGCCCUCCUUGUUGGAAAUGAAUAAUUUUUAUUUGUGCACUGGAGAUGAGUAUAAAAUUUGAGUGACUCAUCUUCGUUGUGUUCAAGAGGGAAAUAAUUUCUUAUGACUACUUGUUUAGAGAGAAAGUGCAACAAUUUUCCGCAGGUGCCAUAGACUUUCGGGAAACCUAAUAUUGUAACAGGAAAGCAAAAAUGAUUUGUAUUCUUUCUGACAGAGUAGAUUUUUUUUUUUUUUUUAAAUUGGUAACCAAACAGACGAAAACUACACAACAAAAUCUGUAUAACACUUGUUUUUCUUUAUCAUAGCCUACUUGAUGUGGAAUUUAGAUGGUCUUGUGAUUGUUGAGACAUUUCUCAUUAAGGUAGAUGGUAACUGUAAAGCCGCACCUUUUUGUUGUAUAUCCAUGACUUGCACCCAUUUUUCCUGUGAUGGGUUAAUCCAUCAAACGCUGUGAUAAACCUGUUCAGAUUUAUUAUUGUUUUAACAAUUUACUAUUGACUGUCUCUAGGGAUGUCACUGUGUUCUGUAAAGUCUUUCAUAAACAGUUUGCAAAUAGUCUGAAAGACUAACCUGCACAAGUACACACAUUUUAAUUAAUAGAAUGUUUUGUAUAAAAUAAGAACAAAAUAUCAUCUAAGUUUUGCUAGUAUUUUAACAACUACUUCAAAACAUAAACACUAUGGAAGUUUCACCACAUCCUCCUGUUAUGCAGAAAUAUAACUCUUGAUAUGUUCACAUAUACAUUGUGAGCAGCCAUUGCAAAUGCACCUAUUGCAAAAUCUAGCCAAGAAUUCUGAGAUCUUCAAGAUGUAACUAUAACUGCAGAUUAUGUUUAAAGAUUUAUUGCUUAUCGUAGUGUGCAUCAUACAGUUUGCGUAAGCCAGAGAAGUUCAACUUUAAUAGCAAUCAAAAUUUCUAUAAAGGUAUAUGUAUUACUAAAGUAUAUUCUUGGUUGAUUGAUGUGCCACUGUAGCAGUUUAGAAUUUCUUGGUACAUACCUGUUAAAUUAUUCUUUCAAAUUUUUUAUAAAUGUAUUAAAGUGUUCAGUGUUUACUUUUUUCCCUGAUUUAUUUUUGUGUAUUUUUCAUCUAAUCCUGUUAAGUUUCUGACUUCAACUCUUUAUUUUUCCUAUCAGCUGCAACUUCCCUUGACAGCAUCGGCAUAAUUUAGGUUCAUCAACUGCAAAAAUCUACCUCACAUGACUUACAGAAUCUUGACAAGUAAGAGUUUAUCACAAAAGGAAAAUCCAAUAAGAUUAGUAUGUGGCAUAAGUUUUCAAUAAAAGCAGUGCGCUGUUUCUGCGAACUAUAAUCCAGAAAUUAUAAUGAACCAGAAGUGCCACUACUUUAAAAAAAGAACUUGUGUGUUCAAGACAACAGGAUAAAUCUUGAGAAAACAUCUAGACAUUUUAAAAUAAACUGCCAUAGUUACAUGUUAAGCAGAAAUUUCUAUAUAUGUUGUAGCCCUCAGAAGAGGGUUUUUCACAUUAUUUCUCUCUGUCCAUGCACAUUUAUUGAUAUUUUAUGAAAUAGUAGACAUCAGAUCAACCUGCUGUUGGUGUAUAGAUCUGUACUGAGCACCAUGCAAGUUCUUUUUUUAUAUAUAUAAAUCUUUGAAUCUCACUGUCUUGCUGUUUGGUGUGCACUUGAGAACAUUCAAACUUUCUUUGAAUAACUUUUAUGUAAGCUUAACUCUGUACAUUUUUCUUAAUUUUUGUGGGGUUUUUUUAUUAACUGUGAUUUUAAAAAAAUUCAGAGCUCUUCACAAGAAGUUGAUUUUUGUAGGCAGCAUUUUAUUUUCUCAUCUUUGAGGUUUGCACACCAUAGCUGGCAUAUAUCAUGAAAGCUUUAAUUAAUGGAGUCAUUUUUGCCAUUAGCUUUUUUUGCUUUUGAUCUGUUUUGUAAAAGAGGAUACAUCUUCAUACAAAAGACAAGUUCUUUUGGCAUUUUGUGAUCAAAGAAAGAUGAGAGCUCCAUUCUUUAUUUAAUGAGUUCAUGUUUACACAUUGUUACCCAUUUUUCCCUGUAUGCAAAACAUAUUGGUAUAAAAUGUCAUCAAACCUAAUGAUAUAGCACUCUUAAGAAAUGUAAUAGUAUAUAAGGAGUGUCAGGGCUAUCUUCUAAAUGUGGAAGAGAAACAGUCUUAUAAACUAUUGCAUUUCUGAGGUACCAGGACUGAUUUGUUAUUAUAUGGACUAGGAAUGCUUAACUCUUCCCCAUCCCCAGAAACAAACCAACCAGAAAGAGAAAUAAAAACUUAUUAUUAGCAAGUUUGUUGGAAUAAAAGCUUGUGAUUUUUAAGUUAUACCAAAUGUUCCAUCACACAAGGAAUUGUGAACUUGGAAAACAUAAAUUGCAUUUGACUGUGAUUUCAAAAUUGUGAGGUCGUGGACUGGGAUAGAAAAGAAAAAGCACAGUGUGCAGAGUAAACAAGCUUGUUCACUGAUAGUUUCAUGUUGCUUAACAAAUGUGCUGUAAAAUUGUAAAUAUAUACAAGUAGCAUGUUGUAAGUCUGUUUCACUUCAACAUGCAGCCAUCCAUUUGGUAUUUAUCCCAGUGAAUAUGGGCUCUUGCUAUAAGUGUACUAAAAAAAAAAAAAAAAGAAGUAUACAUAUCAUGCCCACUGAGGUUCUUAUAUUUAUUUAUCGGACCGGGACAGUUUUAGGUUCCUUUCAUGACCUAGUGCCAGUUCCCAUUUAAUAAUUUGUUACUUUGUUUAGUUAAAGUCAGCAGAACAAAACUCAGACAUGAUAAAUGUUAUCCUAAACUGUCACAGGUUCAUUAGAUGACACUCAUGAUUGUGAUAAUUGUUGCUUGUGUUCCAUAAGACUUGUUAUCAUUAGUUAGCACUGAUCAUGUUUGAAAGUGAUUUUUUUUUUUUAAAACCUGCAUAGACUGUGAUAGAGAAUGUGAAGACUUCAGACAUUUGAACAAGUGCUAAUUUUUUAUGACAGCCCUAAUUUGGGACUUUUUAGCGGGACCUGAAGAGACCUGGCCAUAUUGCAGUAGGCCAAUUUAUUGGACAAAAAUUCACUUCUAUCAAAGUUUGUAUACUGUUCUUGCUCGCAUCUGUAAUGAAGGUUAGAAUCGGUUGUAUACUUUAUAGCUUUAGUCUUGUUUGUUUUGAAAGUGUUCUUUACUGUUUUAACUAUCUUAUUCUCCUUUAUAAAUCUGCAUCUGCUUUAUAAGAAACCUAUAGGGUUUAUUCAUUUUAGGUGUACUGUGCUCCAUUUAUUGAUAGAUGGGUGGUUCUAGUCAGUGCAGUUCAUGUUUCUUCAGCUUGUAGUAAACUUGUUAAGGGAAGAGGCUUUGCUUUGAGGAGUAUUUUGUAGCAAAUGGGACAUUUGACUGGCUGGCUGGUUGCACAUCAUUCUGUGAUGCAUUACCAAAGGUAUACUAAAUGCAUUCAAUGCAAACGUAUUUGGAAGAACUCUUUCUUAAUGUUGUUAUAGUUUCAUAGGAAUCAGUAAUUUUCUGCUUGUAGUCUGUUUUUGCUUUUUUUGGAAGAGAGGAGGUUUAAAGCCUAUUUCCAAAAAAUGUUUGUUGUUUCCACUGUUGUCAGUUUCCAACUGGUUAUAAAGCAUUGCAAAUGUCUCAAAAGCUACAAUAACAGUUGAUAGAGUUUGCUUUUUUUCUCUGUUAAGUUUGAGAUCUCCAUUUCUUCAUGUUUGGAACGUUCUACUUUCCUUCAAAUGCCAUAGUUGUUCAUUUUGGCUUACCCGAUUGCUAGAUCAACGUGCUAGUGUUGUUCACCAGCUAUGAAGGUAACCCUGGCAAGCAUUUUCCUAUUGGUGAAAUGAACAUUUUAGAUGCCAAGACUUAAUGUGACUUUUUGAAUGCAGGGGGGCUAUGAAUCUGUUCUGAGAAACUGUUUUGUGAUAUUAGGUUAAAUUAGAUUUUAGCUUGUCAAUGCAUCUCUUAUACGUGCUCAAGUAGGGCCUGAGGCAUUGUAGCAUACCUGUAAACAACCGUCUUCUAGAAGGCUUCGAGUAGUGCAAGUGUCUGGAAUAUUUAUUAGAAAUCCAGAGAGCAGUUUUUCACAUGCUGUUGUUAUUAGUAAAAUGAUAAAUGCAUGGGAGCAAGAGAUACUGCAGGUCAAUAAUUUAAUUAAACUGUUCUUUAAACGACCUAAGUUUUCAUAGGAACACAACAAUUGUGUGUGAGAAAAUAAAAAUGAAUGUUUUCAACACAGUCAAAUCAUUUUGGGGCCUAAAACUUUUUGGCAUCAGGUUUUUUGUUAGCUUUAAUAAUUUAGUCUUAGGUUGUUGAAAGAAGUUAUGUUUAGUACACAUGAAGAUUUGUCUGAAAAUAAUGAAUAUCUGUAAUUUAAUGUUGCUGUUUAGAAGUUUUUCACAUUUCGGAUGAUGAGGUAGCAUUGGUAAAGAGUACAAGAAAUAGUUUAGAAGCAGAGAAGGUAUCUUUUGGUUACAUCCUGCCUAAAUGUAGCUCUGCUUUCUAUUGAUCAUUGAUGACGUUCCUAGAUUCCUAAAUUUGCCAUCUGUUAUGUUUAGAUGCCCACGCUGGAUUUUUAUAUGGUAACUAGGCAUUUUAUCAUGUUUAUAAAAAGCAGACAAGAAUAUUGGUGUUCAAAUGCUUCUAUCUCACCAAGGUAAUGUAGUUCAAAUCUGGAGAAUUUGUUGAGAAAAAUGUUCAGUUGGAUAAACCUUAAACAUAACUAGAGUUAAGCUUGAAGACAGUUGCAACAUUUUAGAAUCCAUAGGGAGGGCUGGAUAGCUAGAUAGCUUUUGCCCAGAUAGCGAGCUGUGCAAAUACGGAUAUAACUUGCUUUAGGGUUGCAAAAUAACUGUACAGAAAGUAAAGGGCAUGUUCUUGUUUUCAUUGAAUUUAUAGUGUUGAUGUUUGAAAUUAUUUUACCAAGUUUUUUGCACCAUGAAAACGUCGUUAAAGUAGUUUACACAAAGAUAAAUGGCCAAAGGCAGGGUUCCGACAAAUUCCAAGAUUUAAUGAUCUCUAACAGAGACUGUUGCUGUCAUUUGCAGAUUUAUUUUUAUUUCCUUUCCCUCCUGAUUUGCCAUGACCUUGUUUUUGACCAGCUUUGUAGGUACUUUUAUUCAUCUUGUUUGUGGUGUGCUGAGGUCCUCAACAUAUUGAGAGAUCAGAUGCAAGGAAGAUUUUGUAAUUAUCUUCUUUGUUCUUAAUGUGCUAAGUUGAAAUCCCAUAAAAUGUGGACAUAGUAAUCUGCAUUUAAGUGAGUUAUACCCUUUUCCUUGUGUCCCCCAAAAAAAAUCACCAUAAACAUGACUGGAAUGCAUAAAUGAUGAAAUGGUUGUAUACAAACUUUCUUUGCUUUAGGCAUGUGUAAGCAAUGUAAACAUGUUUUUUUCAUUUGUAAUUCUGUUUUUAAUUUUACAGGUAAAAACGUGUAGUGCUUGGUGUGCAUAAUGACCAGAUGAGAAAGUAGGAUACAGUAUACUUGUUAUACUCAAUCCCAAAUUUUGGAUCAUUAGUGAAUAAUGAUUUAUGUCAGAUUUUACUUUAGAUAAAGAUAGGCAUGUCAGACUUUCUCAGUUUUAUUCAAAUUAGGAUGUAAAUGCAAUCAACAUUCAUCAUUUGCAUGUGUUUAUGCCUUUGUAUAGGUUAUCUAUUCUUCCACAUCCUAACACUGAAAUCUAUUUUUGAACAAUUUUACUAACAUAGUAAUCAUUGAAAGACUUGAAUCUUUUAUUCUUUCACUGUGCUCUUUUCACCUUGUUAGUUCGCAUAUUUUGUAAAGCACGCGGUGCAUUUUCAGCCAUUUGCAUGUUGUUUAUCAGGGUUGUCAGGAAAGAGGUAUCCUCUUGAAGGUUUGCACUGUCUCACAUUUGGGCUGGUUGUUCAGCCAAGGUGCCCUUUCUUGCUUGCAUUAAAUGGAACAGGUGUAACAGCACCGUGUUGUCUAAAUUUUGGUGUCCAACUAGCACUUGUUUAUGUCUUUGAAUCUUUUUGCACAAUUCUCAAUACAGGUGUGAAUCACAUUGUUUAUCCCUUAUGUGCACUGUGAUAAAUAUUUCGGUACCUCUUUAAAAUCUUAUAAAUGUUCACCAUACAUACAUUAUUGAUGAGAUGGAAGGUUUUGGGGGAAUUUGAGGAAUCUUUCUACAGUGAAAGGCAUUCUUUACCCUGGGGUCUAGAAAAUAAUUUUCAUAAAUUAGCUGACAGGGUUAUUUAACACACAUGCACACACAAAAACCAUUCAUGCUUUCCUUGUGUUUCAUAUAAUGAUAUAGGUCUUGAUUAUAUCGAAAAACUGUAAGACGAAAUAAAAUUACUCAUAUGAAAUUUUAAGUGACAAAAAUUCUAAAUCCUACUACAGUUUUCUAUUUAUCACUUAUUUAGUGGAUGGGAGGGGAAACUAGGAAGAGAUAAUAGAUAAUUGUAAGCGAUACUUGGGAACUAUAUAUAAAAAAAAACAGCCUUAAGGCAACAUAUAAAAUAUCCAAGCAAAUACUAGUGAGCCUGAGAAAAAUAAUGGACAUAGUAAGUGUAGAUAAUAAGUAAUGAAAUCAAAAUACUUUCAUCUAUUUAGCCUUUACCCCAGUCCUAGUUAACAAUAAACCAUUUUUUUCUUAUUUUUUUAAAUCUUGUAUUGCUAGGUGCAUAUCUCCCCAGUCUUGACACUUCUGUUUUAAAUGGGAGUUGUUGUUUUUUUUUAAAAAAAUAAAGCUGUUUAAAUUGUAA